AUGCCGCCUCCGAUCCCGAUCGAUGCCAACACAAAAACACUACAUCAAGUACACGAACACUCCCACGAUGAGCCCGACAAAGACAUCGAAGAUCGUGGAAAUGAUACUGUAGUAGACAGCAACUUCCAGCACGGUGUGCAGAACAUCGAAGCUGUUACUAUCUCGUGGUCCAAGACCUCACUUAUCAUCGCCUUCGUCUUGAUAUGGCUCGUCUACUUCGUUCAGGGCCUGGUGGCAGGAAUCAGCGGUGCCUUGAUCCCAUAUGUCACUUCUGACUUUGCCAUGCAUUCUCUCACGGCCACCACUAGCGUUAUGAGCUCUAUCAUCGGAGGCGUCACCAACUUGAGUAUUGCAAAGACUUUGGAUGUCUUUGGUCGACCCCAGGGGUUUCUGUUCUGCGCUACUCUUGCCACCGUCGGACUCAUCAUGUCGGCUGCGUGUAACAAUGUCGAAGCCUACGCCGCGUCACAGGUCUUUUACACAGUUGGGAUCAAUGGUAUUGGAUACAGUCUCAGCGUCUUUAUCGCCGAUACUACCUCUCUUCGAUAUCGGGGUCUUAUCCAGUCCAUUUGUGGCUCACCCACCAUCAUUACAGCGUGGCUUGGGGGUCCCAUUUCAGCUGCCUUCUUAAACGGGCCCGGCUGGAGGUGGGCUUUCGGUAUGGAAUCAAUCCUUGUGCCUACUUUUACGAUUCCUUUGUUCGGCCUGUUUAUGUACCACUAUUUCAGGGCCAAGAGGCAAGGUCUCAUUCCCAAUCGAGAUUCCAAGGGUACAUUCUUUGGUGCAGCUAGGUACUACGCUCGCGAAUUCGAUGUCGUUGGUCUUCUCAGCUUAUCUGCAGGCGUCGCCCUCUUCCUCCUACCCUUCAACCUGUUUGCCCUUCAAGCCAAGAAGUUUGGCUCUCCCAUGAUCAUUUGCUUUUUUGUCUUUGGCAUCCUGCUGCUUAUCUUCUUUGGUGUUUGGGAGAAGUACUUUGCCAAGGUGUCUCUUAUUCCUUGGAGAUUCCUCCGGGACCGCACUGCUGCCGGCGCUUGUAUACUCUCCUUCACACUCUUCUUCAGCGGCAUGUGUUGGAACAUGUACUUCAGUUCCAUCCUUCAGGUUGUCAAUGGCCUAAGUAUCGAGAACGCCAGUUAUGUCAUGUCUGUAUACUCUGUCGGUGGCUUUCUGUUCGCCAUAUUCAUCGGCUGGUUCAUGUCUUUCACUGGGAACUUCAAGGCCGUCACACUUUACUUUGCAAUCCCCUUAUCCAUUCUCGGGACUGGUCUUAUGGUCCAUUUCCGUCAGCCUGAACAGAGUAUUGGCUAUACUGUCAUGUCACAAUUAUUCCUUGCUUUCGGGGGUGGUGCAAUCAUGAUCACAGCCGAGAUUGCCAUCCUGGCUGCUGUCAAUGAGCAGCAACAUUUUGCAGUUGCCAUCGCGCUAGUUUCCAUGUGUUCAAGCAUUGGACAAGCCGUUGGUCUGACGGUCUCUUCUGCCAUCUGGCAAGAUGUCCUCCCCAAAAAGCUUGCCGAAUACCUUCCAGCUGAAGAGUUGCCUAACUUGCCUAUUAUUGCAAUGGACAUUGUAACUCAACUGUCAUACCCUGUUGGAUCUCCUACACGGACAGCAAUCCAGCAUGCCUAUGGGGACACGCACAAGAUGUUGUUCAUCGCAGGUACUGCAGCCUGGGUUCUAGGCAUUGUUGGAACUGUUAUGUGGAGGAACAUUGAUAUCAGAAACGUCAAGCAGACUAAGGGACGCGUUUUCUGA